GAUGAAGAUGCCCCGGGAGCCGCAGGCAGACAAGGAGCUGAGCACGGAGAGCAGGGAGGACAAAUCCCCGCGGCAGAACCUCGUGGAAGAGGCCGUUUGGAGCGGCUCCACGGCGCAGGAAUGCAACGGGGAGGAAAAGCCGCGGAGAUCCCGCACGAGGAGGGGCUGCAAACGCAGAUGGCAGGGAUCUGAGGAGAAAAGCCCCAGCCUGGGCCGGGGGAACGGCCAGAGAUGGAGCCAGAGCUCGGAGCUGGUGGUCCAUGAGCAGCUUCGUGAUGGGGAGAAGCCCCACAAGUGCUCAGAAUGUGGGAUGAGCUUCAGGUGGAGGAACAGCCUUACCUGCCACCAGAGGAUCCACACUGGGGAACGGCCCUACGAAUGUGGGAAGUGUGGGAAGGGAUUCAGAGUCAGCUCCCAGCUGAUCUACCACCAGAGGAUCCACACUGGGGAACGACCCUACAAGUGUGGGGAGUGUGGGAAGAGAUUCAGCGUCAGAGCUAGCCUGGUCCGGCACAAGAUGAUCCACACUGGAGACCGCCCCUACAAGUGUGGGGAGUGUGGGAAGGGAUUCAUACUCAGCUCUGAAUUGCUCCGGCACCAGACGAUCCACACUGGGGAGAAGCCCUAUGAGUGUUCUGAGUGUGGGAAGGGAUUCAGAAUCGCCUCCCAGAUGCAUCAGCACCAAAAGAUCCACACUGGGGACAGUCCCUGUGAGUGUUCUGAGUGUGGGAAGACGUUUCCGAGCAGCUCCAAGCUCCUCCGGCACCAGAAGAUUCACAAGGGUCAGAGGCCCUUCCACUGCCCUGACUGCGGGAAGGGCUUCAUGCACAACUCCAGCCUCAUCACCCACCGUCGCAUCCACACUGGGGAAAAGUCCCACAAGUGUGAGGAAUGUGAGAAGAGCUUCAGGGACAGUGCCACCCUGAUCCGCCACCAGAGGAUCCACACUGGGGAGAGGCCCUACAAGUGUGAGGAGUGUGGGAAGAGCUUCAUUGAGCGUGCCAAAUUGAUCGACCACCAGAACAUCCACACUGGGAAAAGGCCAUACAAGUGUGGGGAGUGUGGGAAGGACUUCAGGCAGCGUUCUGGUCUGAUCAGCCACCAAAGUAUCCACACUGGGCACAGGCCCUACGAGUGUUCCAAGUGUGGGAAGAGGUUUCCCUCCAGCUCACAACUCCACCAGCACUACCAGACACACACGGAGGAGAGGCCUUUCCAGUGCUUUGACUGCGGGAAGGGCUUCAGGCAAAACUCCCAGCUCAUCACCCACCGGCGCAUCCACACUGGGGAGAGGCCCCACGAGUGUCCUGACUGCGGGAAGGGCUUCAGGGACAAAUCCACCCUUGUCACCCACCGGCGCAUCCACACUGGGGAGAGGCCCUACAAGUGUGGGGAGUGUGGGAAGAGCUUCACCCAGAGAUCAGGCUUGUUCAAACACCAACAGAAGCACCACUAAGGGAAGCCCUGCUAGCGCCCCGAGUGCAGGAGGAGCUUUGUGCCCUGCUCCAGCUCCAUCCCCCAAUGGAGGAGCCACAGUAGGCAGAGCCCUGGUGACCCACAUUCUCUGGGAUCCAUCUGGGGAAGACACCUGGCUGGUUAUCCUUUUGUUUUGGCCUGCAUUUUUAUGUGUUCUCUAUCUCUUUUCACUCCAAAAGCUGAAAAAGAUCAAUUUGUCACCUCAAAACUUCUCAAAUCCCGCUGAAAGCACCUCAAUUUAAUCCAAAAGGGCUCAAUCCAACUGCAAAGUGGAUCCUCAAAACAAAUCAAUCCCCCAGGAACCUUACUGGAUUCCGCAGCUGCCAGGGUGAGAAGGGGUUG